AUGUGGGUGAUAAGAGCUACUUUGUGUUGUUAUCUUUUGUCUAUCUGUAAUGUGUCGUGUAAUAGAAUAAAAAUUAUAAAACAGACUGGAAUUUCUUCGGACCUUCAUCGCGACGCGAAAGAGUUAGCUGAAACGUGUUUUAAAAGUAAUUCGAAUCCAAUUAUUAUCUCCGCGGAUCUACUAAGUAAUGAUUGGGAUCCAGGUGGUAAUUCGUGGGUUGUGAUUGACCACAAAUUCCAGAAACAGGCUACAGGCUUUAAUUCAGCUUAUCCAACAUACGUACUCUCAUUUGAGUCUAUUGGUUACUUGAAGACAACUAUUAACCAUUUUCGGAAAUCGACUGCAUGGAGCAUCAAGUCUCCAUUCUUGAUCGUUGAAAGGAAAUCAUUGUGUUUGAAUGCUGUUGAAGUAUUGCAAUUUAUGUGGAAGCAGGAUUUAUUAACCGUCUAUUACCUGUGUAGUCAUCGAGAUGCGACAAUUGUUUUCACGUUGAAUUCAUAUGCAAACUACGCUCCAGCACCAUGGCUUUUUUUUCACGAUUUUAGCGAUAAUGGAAAGAUAUCGACCCUUUACGGCAUGGAAUAUACAAAAGACCGCAAUAUUUGCAGACCCUUUACUUUUGAUAAGACUAAAAAAUUAAAUGGUCACAAAGUGAAGUUAGGGUCAUUUAUGAAUAUCGAAAACAUCCCUCGAGAAAAUUUGGCCUCUGGAACUACUAAGUAUUUACAAAAAAUGAAACAAAAAGGAUCUAUGACAAUAUACCAUAUAUUAUCGCUAAUCAAAGCCAAGGAUAAAACAUGGUUUUUUUCUUCGUCGACUAAAAUGACAUCAUUUUUCAACGGAUAUGUCAGCGAAUUAGCCGUUAAAUCAAUUGAUGUCAUGGACAAAAUGUUCCAGUUAGCUGACACCAACUACACAUUCAUGGAUAUUUUAACACGCUAUGACAUAGCUACUUACUCAAUUCUAACAAAAAAAUCGAGCUAUUUGACGACGAUCAGUCAAGUUGCUUGCAAUUAUCAAUUCCUUUUCUUGACAAUCAUCAUGUUAAUGUUGAUUGGGAUGAUAAUCAUAGUUAACAACAAAUUUGACAUCAGUAGUGGUAUGUUGGAUGUUAUGAGUCUGACCGCAGGCAUGGGAGUGAUCACACCUUUAGACCGGUUGUCGAUGCGGAUAAUCUACAUCUCCGGGUUCUUGUUUGUCUUUACCGUAAUGCCUGAAUUCCAAGGUCAAGUAUCUGCUAUACUGUCGGAACCGUUGAGGCGCAACGUCGAGUCAUUAAAAGAUCUUUACGAUAACAACUAUCAUGUUUAUUUUGAUGGAAUGUUAACGAGAGACUUACUCAAUGAAAAAUUGUGGGUUACUGAUAAGGACAUACAUUACUUGCACCCAUCUAAUCAUUCUGAGCUACGCAGGUGCGCAGUCCAGGCGUUGUUUAACUCUACGGUUGCUUGUAUUUCACUUAGGAAUUUACAACUAUCCUAUGCAUCGAAAACAACGAACCUUCAUGUAUCAAGAGACGUUAUUUUCGAAAAGUAUUUCAUCUAUUGGGUCAGGAAAGAUUGGAGUCUCAAAGACAAACUUGAUCGAGUCAGUUCUUGGACCGUUGAAUCAGGUUUUAAUACUGGUCAGAAAUUUAAAAGUAUCAAGUAUUUUUCAAAGAAACUCAGAGAAACCAAACGGAUAGAAGAGCGUGCUAGUUUUGAGUUUAUCGACCUCGAUACCUUAAUAUUGAGCUACAUGAUAGUUCUCGGGCUAUCAUUAUGGGGACUGGUUGCCUUCGGGCUGGAGCUGCUUUUUCACAAGUAUGAGAAACGUUGUAGGCAAACUCUGAUCAGAAGACGGUACCGCAUGGAACUUCGAUCACAGCUGAGGAAUAUUUCUUCCAUUGAGCAAGUUAUUCCGUCCAACCCUGGAACCUCUUUUGGAGUUUAA